GGGCACCGCGUCAUCUGGCAAGGCAGUGGCUCCGAGUCAACAAGGCACACAGUGGGCACCUGGGUCAUCAGGUACCGGAUUGUCUGGCUCGACAGCGGGGGCAUCGGGUCACCAGGUAUGACAGCGGGCACUGGGUCCACACAGGCAUCAGGUCAUUUUUGGCUUGCCAGCGGCACCGCAUUUAUCUGGCAAGGCAGUGUGCACCGGGUUCACCAGGCAUUGAUCGUCUGGCUCGACAGCGGGCAUUCGGUCACCAGGUAUGACAGCGGGCACUGGGUCAACCCAGGCAUCAGGUCAUUUGGCUUGCCAGCGGGCACCGCGUCAUCUGGCAAGGCAGUGGGCACCGGUGUCACCAGUCGCCAUUGGAUCGUCUGGCUCGACAGCGGGCCAUCUGGGUCACCAGGUAAUGACAGCGGGCACUGCGGGUCACCAGGCAUCAGGUCAUUUGGCUCGCCAGCGUGGCACCGCGUCAUCUGGCAAGGCUAGUGGCCAUCCGAGUCACCAGGUACGACAGCGGGCUCUGAGUCACCGGAUCAGAUCAUCUGGAUCAACAGCGGCAUCGAUUCAACUGGCCUAAUUAGGAUUCGACAGGCUGGAUCAGUUCAUCAUGCUGGGUAGAGGCAUCAGGCUGAAUGCCGGCGUCCGCUGAGGUAGA